AUGCCGACAUUCGGCUGGCAAAGCAUAGAAAGUCCACACGCUCAGUUCAUCCGCAGUGUGGACUGGAGCGCCACCUCCUUAGGACCGCCGGAAACAUGGCCACAUCAAUUAAAUCAGAUGAUAGAUCUGAUUAUGCUGGAUCCGACACCCAGCGCCAUCAUGUGGGGGGACGACCUGACUAUGAUCUAUAACGACGGUUUCGUUGAAUUCGCCGGCGAAAAACAUCCGAAACUCAUGGGAGGAACUCCGAUGGUCUCAUAUGCUGAAGUCUGGGAGCCUCAAUUUGCUCCAAUUGUCGCGCUUGGUAGGGAAAAGGGCCAGGCAACCCGCCACAAGGAUGUGCCUCUAUUCUUGAGGCGUCAUGGAUAUAAUGAGGAAGUUUUUGUGGAUUAUACUUUCAUACCUCUUACUGGAAACAACAAGGAAGUGGUAGGGUUCUAUCACACUGCAGUCGAGACCACAGACCAAAAUCUGGCUAAGCGAAGGACUCAAACCCUGAUCGAUAUUGGGAAUCACGCUGGUGGUGCUCGAGAUAUGGCACAUUACUGGGAUGCGGUGCUCAAAGGCUUCGAAGCUAACAUCUGGGAUAUCCCGUACGCGAUCGCUUAUGAGUUUCACAACGAUGAUGCGGAGCGAUCCUCAACAAAUGGUUCCGAAACUCGUUCUGGCUCACGCUCCAGGUCAACCCGGUCUAGCUCAUAUUCUGAUUCUGUAUCCUCCUCUGGUCGGAUCACUAUUCCCAGAGCUUGCAGUCUGGCUGGUGUGAUCGGAAAAUCUAUGACACAAGUCCCAAUUGGUUUCGAUGUUGCCCUCGAAGAGCCUGGUUUCCAUCAGGUCGUCAAAAAGGCCAUCAGCUCUGGUGAACCUGUCCUCCUGGAAAUUGCUCACGAAAAGACACCGGACUGGCUCAAAUCGGAUACCCCAGGGAGGGCUUUCAGUGAACCAAUCACACAUGCCGUGGUGAUGCCAAUACGACCGACGACCAGAAAUGAUAGUGAGGGAUUGAACGCGAUUGGAUUCGUGGUAAUGGGUCUCAAUCCACGCCGAACGUACGACACCGACUAUCAACGCUAUACACGACUCUGGAGUCAGCAGUUGGCCACUUCAGCCGCGUCGGUAGUCCUUCUCGAACAAGAGAACAAGCGACAGAUGCAACUGAAAGCACAGCUUUCUAUCAAUGAGCUUCGUUUCGCUCGAUUCGCCGAGAUGUCCAAUGUCGCUAUGUGGAUCUUGGAACCAAAUGGAGAUCUUGUUUAUGGCAAUCAAACAUGGCACGAUCAAAUGGACCUCGGUGAAGUUUCAGGGUUGAAUGCAGAGGGCCAUCCUAUCUGGUGGGACGGUAUAACGGAUGAAACGAAGCCAGCACUCGCAGAAGCAUGGAAGUCAUUGACCCAAGACCAAAUCUCCACAAACAUCGAGAUAUGUCUGAAACCGACCAGUAAAACAAAACAAUUUCGUUGGGUUCUUUCGUCCGCAUUUCCUGAGUCAGCAGAAGAUGGCACACUCAAGGCGAUCUGGGGAUGUAAUACUGACAUCUCGCAUCAGAAGUUGGCUGAGGAGUUGAAAGAGCAGAGACUUUUGGACGUCCUCGAAGCGAAGCGACAAAGCGAAUCUUUCAUCGACACUGUUUCUCACGAGAUGCGAAACCCCCUAUCAGCUAUUCUGCAGUGCGCGGAUGGUGUCAACACUUCUGUAUUGGAAGCUCGAGGAUCUUCUAGCAGCGGAAAGCACACGCAAUUUGAUCGUGAGGGAGUGGAAUACAUCUUGGAGUCCACUCAGACUAUUAUUCUGUGUGCACAACAUCAGAAACGAAUCAUCAAUGAUAUUUUGACUCUGAGCAAGCUAGAUGCUAGACUUCUAGAGGUUACACCAACAGAGGUAGAUCCCGUUGAGACUGUCAAACACGCACUUAGACUCUAUCAGCAAGAAUGUCAAAACGCAGACAUCGAUAGUGCGAUACGUGUGGAUCAAUCGUACAACUCACUCGCGGUUGAUCGUGUAUACGUGGAUCCGUCCAGAUUGCUUCAAGUUUUGAUCAAUCUGUUGGGUAACGCAAUCAAAUUCACUCAACAUCAAGACCAGAGGAAGGUCACCGUCACCAUCAGCGCAUCUCUUGAGAGUCCGGCGAUGAAAAGCGAUGGUGAACAAUACUUUUUCCCCAGAGUCUCAAAGCAAGACGCAGUUCUGGGAGCUGACUGGGGCACCGGCGAAGACCUGUUCCUCCACUUCUCGGUAAACGAUACUGGAGUUGGUCUGACAAGUGACGAGAUGAAGAACCUGUUUCUACGCUUCUCGCAGGCGUCUCCGAAAACUCACGUUACUUAUGGCGGUAGCGGUCUAGGCUUGUUCAUCUGUAAAGAGUUGGCCGAGCUCCAAGGCGGCCGCAUUGGAGUUUCUUCCACGCCAGGGAAGGGAAGCGACUUCAAAUUCUACGUGAAAGCACGUCGGGCUGCAACUACCGGCAGGCGAGAGACUCUUGAUAUCGAAGGGUCUGCUGCUAAGAGACCAAGACAGAGCAAAUCUCCACAGAACGGCCAGGAGUCGCCACACGAUGGCCAGAAAUCCGAUGAUGAGACGGAUAAGUUACGUGUCACUCACCCCAACUACAUUGCACCUCUCAAUAGAUCUCACUCAGCAUCUCAGAACCCAAUUGUUGGUUCACCGAGCGAUGCGAACACGCUACAUGUUUUGAUCGUUGAGGAUAAUCUGAUCAAUCAAAAGGUAAUGGCUCAACAGCUCAAGAAGGCCAAGUGCGAAGUACAUGUCGCAAAUCAUGGUGCGGAUGCUCUCUUGUUCUUGGAAAAGACAUCAUUUGCAAAAGACUGCGGGCCAUAUGCAACACCGCUAUCGAUCAUUCUCAUGGAUCUUGAAAUGCCAGUAAUGGACGGUUUGACUUGCAUACGAAAAAUCAGAGAGUGGCAAAAGCAAGGCAAACUUACAAGGCCAGUGCCGGUCAUAGCAGUUACAGCGAACGCGCGUCACGAACAGAUCACCAUGGCACAAGAAGCAGGAAUAGACGAUGUUGUCACGAAGCCCUUCAAGAUCUCCGAAUUGAUACCCAAGAUGCAUACAUUGAUAGAGAAGAUUUCGACUUGA